AUGCGGCCCUCAUAUUCGAGCAGCACUAUCAUUGCUCUCCUAGCUCUCGCCGCAGAUGCCUUUGCCGCGCCGAGCCCGGCAGCACAGCCUAAUGGCCAGACGAUGCGUCUCUCCCGUCGCACCGUAGACAGAACUUAUGAUGAAUGGGGAGCAUGGGCAAAGAGCCACCGAGAGGGGCUCAUGAACAAGUACAACGGUGGUAACAACGCCAAGGCCCGCACAAAACGUGGCUCCGGGACGAACCUCAUCGUAAACCAGAACGCAGACUCGACCUACUUUGGGUCGCUGGCUGUUGGCACACCGCCAAUCGCGUUCGAUGUCAUUCUUGAUACCGGCUCUGCGUACGUUGCUGCUGCUCCCCCCGUCAUCUUUUAUUGCUUACUGCAUUUCCUUGUGUCCAUCAGUGACCUGUGGAUAGCCGACACGACCUGUAGCUCACGUUCAGGCUGCCAAGACAUCACCACCUUUGAUGCCUCUAAAUCGUCAUCAUUCAGGAAUUUGUCAAGACCAUUCUCUAUCACGUACGGUAGUGGCGCAGCCGCAGGAUCAUUAGCAGAGGAUGUCGUACAGAUGGCCGGUUUCUCAGUGUCGAAUCAGACAUUUGCACUGGUUGACCAGGUUUCGAGUCAAUUACUAACUGCUCCUGUAUCUGGAUUGAUGGGUCUUGCUUUCCAAUCCAUCGCGUCGUCCGGAGCGACACCAUUCUGGCAGAACCUGGUGGAAAGUGGCGCCUGGGACUCUCCCGUUAUGUCCUUUCAAUUGACGCGCUUUGUUGACCAACAGCAAGCGCAGUCGCUGGAGGCCGGUGGGACCUUUACUUUAGGUUUCGUGAACAACUCCCUGUAUACGGGUGACAUUGACUUUCAGAACAUCCCCGGCGGGACUGGCUCGUAUUGGAUCCUGCAGAUGUCCGAGCUCACCGUACAAGGGAAUUCUGUUGCCUUGCCUUCUGGCUCGAGUUCGUACGCUGCGAUUGAUACCGGGACUACCCUCGUCGGCGGACCGUCUAGUGUCAUCUCGAACUUCUACUCGCAGAUCCCUGGUGCACAGGCAGGUACAGGGAACUACGAAGGGUAUUGGAUCUACCCCUGUUCAACGCAGGUGACGACAACGAUGGCGUUCGGCGGAAAGUCAUGGACGAUCUCACCCGCCGACUUCCUCCUCACCCAACUCUCCACCUCGCAAUGCCUCGGCGCGUUCUUCGAAUUGGACAUGGGCGCAGGCAGCUCCGCGCCGAGCUGGAUCGUAGGCGACACGUUUUUGAAGAAUGUGUAUUCGGUGUUUCGGUAUAACCCACCGUCGAUUGGGUUUGCGAAUUUGAGUUCGACAGCGUUGGCGAUGAAUGGGGAUUUGAAUGCUGUGGUACCGACGCCGACUCUUGGGAGUGCGGCUGCUGCUAUUACUGCGACGGGGAGGACGAGGAGUAGUGGGACGUCUGCUGCUAUGCCGAGUGUUGAGAUCAGUGGGGUGGUUGUGGUGUUCGUCUCACUACUGGCUGGGAUCGUUGCGCUGCUAUGA